CUGUUUUUAGAGCAGCAGCGUCACAUGUUGUUUUUCUCCUGGAUCAGCGCUUCUCUGGGAACACCGCGCUCCUCCGCCGCUGCAGACUCACGCAGUCUGUCUGCGGAUUAAACCAAACGGGUCUUUGCAACUGUGAUUUGAUUUCAGUUUUAAUCGUUUAAUUAAUUUCUAAGCACUUGAAGGGAGAGGAAAAAACGAGACGUGAAGAGUAAUGGCAAGUCCUCCGGCUGCGGGAGGACACCUGUUUACUAACGGGACGGCUGACGUGAAGAAGUGCGGGUACCUGAGGAAGCAGAAACACGGACACCGGCGGUUCUUUGUGCUCCGGGAGCUCACCGAGCGCUCCCCUGCCCGGUUGGAGUAUUAUGAGAGCGAGAAGAAAUGGAGGAACAAGUCCGCCGCCAAACGGGUCAUAACUUUGGAUUCCUGUCUGUGCGUAAACAAGCGCGCCGACGCCAAACACAAGUACCUCAUCGCCCUCUACACCAAGGACGAGUACUUCGCUGUGGCUGCAGACACCGAGCAGGAGCAGGACAGCUGGUACACGGUUCUGACUGAUUUAAUAGCAGAGGGGAAAGUGUUCGACAGCCCCGCCUCCACCUCCUCCCUAGUGGGCUUUGAAGAGGCCAGCUACGGUCACCCUGUUUCCACAACGACCGCCUAUAAGGAGGUGUGGCAGGUCAACCUGAAAUCCAGAGGCUUGGGGCAGAUCAAAAACUUCACUGGGGUCUACAGGCUGUGUUUGUCCAGCAGAACCAUCAGCUUCAUCAAGCUGAACUCUGAAACGGCAGCCGUCACUCUGCAGCUCAUGAAUAUCAGGAGAUGUGGUCACUCUGACAACUUCUUCUUCAUUGAGGUGGGCAGGUCUGCGGUUACGGGGCCAGGGGAGUUCUGGAUGCAGGUGGAUGACUCGGUGGUGGCGCAGAACAUCCACGAGACGAUCCUGGAGGCCAUGAAGGCUAUGAAAGAGCUCUCCGAGUUCAGGCCAAGGAGCAAAAGCCAGUCAGCCAGUACCAACCCCAUCUCUGUGCCUACGAGGCGCAACCUCAACAACCUCCCUCCCAGUCAGACCGGUCUGGUCAGGAGAUCCAGAACAGACAGCAGUGCCGCUUCGUCCCCGGGGAGCAAGUGCACAUCCUGUCGGAUAAGAACGUCCAGUGAGGGAGAUGGAAGCGUGACAUGGCCGGUGUCCAUGUCUAUCUCUGUGAGUGAGCGCCCCACCAGUCCCAGCUCCCAACUCAGCAGGUGUCACACCCUCAGCAGUGGGCGCACCUGCAGAGUGCUGGAAUCGGUCUCCAACCUCCAUCACAGCCGCUCGAUGCCAGUGUCCAACUCCCCCUCAGCAUCCUCCAGUCCCAUUAGCGUGUCCCCCAAAGGUGAGACGAGCGUCUCCACUCCGGACAAAGUCAGGCGGCCCUUCAGCUGUAGCGCAUCCAUUUCCGGCUCCCUCAGCGACACAGGUUUCAUGCUUUGUGAUGAUUACAGCUCCAGCCCAGGUGAACACCGGUUCCUCUGUUUGACCCGCAGUGACACCCCUGACUCUCUGUCCAGCACACCCCCAUCUCGGGACACCAGUGACCCCUGCGGUUACAUUAUUAUGGAGGGCGCUAAUGGCAGCAGGUCAAACAUUGGAGCCGAGGGUUUGGCUUUUGACAAGGCAUACAGGAAACGAACACACUCCCUCACCACACCACGCCAACAGAGUGUGGUGGCACCAUUGUCCUCUGCCUCCUUGGAUGAGUACACCCUCAUGAGGAUGGCUCAUGGACAGAACUCCCACUCUGCCUCACCGAAAGUGUGUUAUCCUGAGGAUUACGGGGACAUUGAGAUCGGCUCAUCCAGAAGCUCCAGCAGCAACCUUGGUGACGAUGGCUACAUGCCCAUGACACCAGGUGUAGCACCCCAAUCUGGCAAGAUGGACAACUACGUGCCCAUGAGCCCCAUGUGUGUCUCAGCACCAAAGCAGAUUGUGAACCCCAGGGUGCACCCCCAAGCAGCUGCCAACUGUGGCUACAAAACUAGCUCCCCAUGCAGCAGCUCUCUGGAAGACAACGGUUACAUGAGAAUGUCGUGCAGCUCAAAAUCCUCCACCGAGAGCCCAGACAGAAAUGGUGAAUACAUGAAUAUGUCACCGGGAAACCCCCCUCCUCUCCAGACUCCACCGGAUGACUUCUUGGGUCCACUUGCAGGUGAUCCAGCAUCAUUCCGGCCAUCAUAUCAGACUGGCUCUCUCACACUGCCGGCUAAACUUCAGGCAUCUAGGGAUGAAGACAGCGGCCAGUAUGUGCUGAUGAGCCCGCAGAGCUUAAAGCGAGCAGGGGAGUCCGACUAUUACACGGUGAUGCAUCCCAGUGCUGCUCAAACCUCACCUCUAAGCCCCUCUGUGCCCUCCCCAAUCAGACAUCAUCGAACAGAGAACCUGUCUUACAGAGGGAGGCUGGGAAGACCUAACAGGCUAUCUCUGGACACCCUCAGGACCCUGCCCAGCAUGAAUGAGCACCCCCUCCCCGGAGAGCCCCGGAGCCCUGGCGAGUACAUCAACAUUGACUUCAGCAGUGCCAGAUCCUCCCCUCCCUCCACUGUGUCUACAGAGAGUCAGUCCUCAUCUCUGGGGUCCACCGAGGGGGGUCCAGGGAGGUCAUCGCUGGCAGACUACAUGAACCUGGAGCUUGGCCCACACUCACCUAAAGAGGCUGGCACCCCUGCUGAGAGCCGGGACGCUCUCCCGGACUUAUCCUCGUGCUCCUGCUCGGGGGAGGACAGGGUGUACCAUGUGGAGGAUAAGAAAAGCCUCAACGAUGAGGUGAAAAACGACUACACUGAGAUGACUUUUGGGAUGACCAGCUCGCCCCCGCAGCUUGUGCCUCAAACCUCAACAAGCAGCCAGAGUAGCAGGGAGAGGCGGCUCUCACGCGAGGACCAAGGGGUCCCGGAGCGCAUCGGGGUCUUCCUCCUCGGAGCCUCCUCAUCCACCCCUGUGGACCCAGAUGGCUCUGCCAAGGUCAUCCGGGCCAAUCCACAGGGGCGACGGCGCCACAGCUCGGAGACCUUCUCCUCCACGGCCACUGUGACCCCAGUCUUUCCCUCAUUUGCCCGUGGUGACACGAUGAAGAGGCCCAGCUCCGUAGAGAACAUCUCGUCCCGAAGCAGCGAGGGCUCAGAUGAGGAGUAUGGCAGCCCGGUGAACCGUCAGAGCUCGGCCGGCUACGCCAGAGGUCUCGACUACAUCGCAUUAAACCUGUUGGACAACAGGGAUGGGGAAAACUGUGGAGACCUAGUUGGCUUUAAAUCUGCCAGCAGCUGCAAAGGAGGCAUCAAUGGAUUACACAAUGCACCAUACGUCUGUUUGGGGUUCAAGGAGGCUGCAACCACUGCCAAAGACUGAAGGGCUCCACUGUCCUUGGACUUUGCGUCCUGACCUGCUGCUCGACAACAAAAAUGAACGUUAAACCAAGAAGAAAAGAGAAAAAAAAACACAACUCUGUUCUUUCCUUGGGCAUUUUUUGCCCCGAAAAGACUCCGUGGACCGCUAGCAUCACAAACAGCCAACUUGCACGCUAACGCAGAAGAAAAAACACCAAGGAGCGGGACAGGUGUGUGUGUGUGUGUCAGUACGUCUCACGUUCCCUGCACUUUGAGAGGCCAUUUCUCCUGUGACCUAAAUGUUGGCAUGAGCACAGAAGCGAAGAUAGUCAGACAAUAAUCAAGCUCUAAUGGUACACAAAUACUAUUUAUUUACUUGAGAGUAAAAUUGUGUCAGUGUGUGAGUGUGUGUCUGAGACGAGAGUACGACAAACUGGUAUGCUAGUGAUCAACAAAACCUGCUACAUGCCCACGGGAGGGAGGAUACCAAGGUACACUGAGUAUAUAAAUACUAUAUAUAUAUAUAUUUACAUUAGAUAUGUUAUUUAUUUUUGGAUGCUGAAUGUCUGAUAAAACCUUCUUAAUGCCUUAAUGUGUAAACUGUCCUUAUGUUUUCUAAGAAAUAUUCAAAAACUCUGUGAUAGUACAUUUGUUUGGAUCUUGUGAAAAGCAUAUUGCAUAGUUUGCUAUAAAAUAUAUAUUAUUUCAGAAGUGUACAGAACCAGUUUGGCUGCUUGAAAUCUGAUUUAUUCUAUUAAUAUUAAAGUAUUUUCUUAAUUAAUAAUUUCCUAAACAUUCUAAGUCGGUUUAUUUUUGUCCAAUAAAGAGAUUUGGACUCGUAAAACAGAUAUAUUUGUAGAUGUCUUUAAGAGUUGCAUGUGUUUCUAACUGAGCUCAGACCCUGAAACACCAGGCGCUGUUCCUCCCACAGUUCCUCCAUCACUUGAGCCUAAAAACCUCACACACUCCUACCUUCAAACCUACGGCCCGCUGUCGUGAGCGGCGCGGGCCGUCCUGCUGUGAUAUCAUUUGACUGUACAACUGUCUUGUUGAGAUGAUAGUGGUGGGUCGGGGCAGAACCGGACUGUAGAGGUUGGGGGUACGGUUGAGGCGGUGUCUAAUCUGUGACCUGGGGUUUCAUGGAGAGAGACACUGAAAAGGUGGUAGAGUAAAGGAUUACAGUCACACGUGGCACCAUUAUGGGGGUUCGAUGUAAAAUCUGCAAAAUCAAACAUUCAACACAAGCAAUGUUAAAGGAAACAUAUCUGAGAGUGCUGGCUUGUGUCAAAACGAGACUAUGUGACGUAUUAAAUUGUAAUUUACUGUAUUAUUAUUACUGUAAAAUUAACAUUAAAAACACUUUUUUUUUAAAUCCCUGCUGAUGGUGGCUAACAUCUUCCAACAAGUCCUAAAACCAGAGUGUUGUGACAAAUAAAUAAUAAUGUUUUUGUUCAAUCUUAAAGGUGUGGAACACUGAAAAAACAUUUUUUAAUUAUUAUUUCUGAUCUGGGUUUUUCAUGCAGACUGAACAUGUCCUGCAUUCACUUCUGAUCGAAAAUAGAUGGUGAAACUGAGAGAUCUACAUCACACUGCAGAGCAAACAGAGUCAGUGGUAGAGUCACAUUGCUGUUAUCCAAUCCGAGGUUAGAUGUCCAAAUAUCAGGAAAUAAGACUCCAAAUCCUGUCAUCUGAAGCUCAACUCUGAUGUAGAAGGGUGUUUCUCAAUGUCAAGGCGCCUGGCCUUGUGAGGCGAUGUCUUGCGAGGCCAGGCGCCUUGCUUACGAGGACACUGUACUUCCUUGGUCAAAGAAAACAGUUAAAUGGAACAGACUUGCAUCACGUGACCGCGGCUUCCACGGCGGUCACGUAACAUCACAUGACACGGGAGAUAGUUAUAUUUUAAACCUAUUAGUUUAAAUAUAAAUAUAUAAUGAAACUUUUACUUUUUAAAUUGUGUAUAUAUUUAUUAAAUUAAAUAUAUAAGUGAGUUACUACCCGCUAGUCACCGAAGCUGCAACUACUAAGCAACUAACCAACCACAGAUAACUUCUUUGGAUCUAAAAAAACAUUUUAAAUCAGUUGACUUACUUUUAAACUUGAAAUUUGCCCCCGAGGUAGCUGCCGGCUUCUGAUCCGCCAUCCUUUUGAAAAUAUUGCGGUGUAUUGUGGGAAAUUUUUGACCAAGGCUAGGCUACAAGACCCCUCCCGUGUAUCCUUGCUCAGCUAGCUAAACGGCUAAAAUGAACAUUGGAACACGUCUUGGCAGUUCCUGAUGACGUAUCUCCUAGGCAACUGGGGCGGGGCCAUCAAGGCGAGGUUCCUUGGCAUUGAGAAACACCCGAAAUCUGCUAGUUCCUGAAACUGAUGCUCCGGUGAAUUUUUUUCCCAGAGUAUUACUUACAAGGCAUUCAUUCUUACUAUAGACAACUGUAAACUGUAAAAGUAUUGAUUAAACAAUACUUUAAAUUCAAAGUAUGUUUAAAUGAAGUUAGUAAACCGUAAAAAAAAAAGUAAAAUAUAAAAUCCAGCAAACAGUUAUGGAUCAGUCAGUAAUGGAUCUGAAUACAAGGUAUUACAGCAAAAAAGUUAGAAAGCAUCUAACAUCCGCUAAAAGACCCGUGUAGAAAAGUUUACUUCAAAUGAAACAUUUCAAAUAAAAGUUGAAAAUGACCUCCAAGUCAAAUAUGUAUAACUUUGACAAUAAAAAAAUUCUUAGCAUGUAGAGCAUCAGAAUCCUGCUAAUAUUAGCUACAUUUCAUCAACUAGGCACUAAAGGACCACAAUUAUUUGAGUGAACCCUAAAGUAGAACAUUUAUUUGUUUCUGAUGUUGAAUUUUUUUUUCUUCGCGGGUGUGGAAACAUUUAUGAUAAAUGCCAACUUGUAGCAUAUUGCUAGUAGAGGCUCAAUCCUUGGAAAGACUUAGCCUACCAAAGUAGGGUUCUUCAGAGGAUCCUUAAUCGACCGCAAAGACCAGAAGUGAGCAGCCGUGUAAUUAGACAGUCUAACCAUCAGAUUUAUUCCCGCCCUCACCAUAUGUUCUUUCGUGUAGCAACCUUGACAGCGCUAAACAGAAGUUAAAACAAAACCUGGCAAAGUAUGAAAAACCAGACCUGCCACAUCAGCAUUUUUAUGAUAAUUUUUCCAAAGAUUUUUGGCAAAACUUGUAUUAAAAACCCAACCGCCAGCUUUUAAUAUACUUGCAUUUAUAAAUUCUACUGGUCUCCAGCCCAGUCCGCCAUUGUUACAAGAACAAAAAUCCCUCGUUUGGCUGGCAAUGACUCCUAGGACAUAGUUGACCAACAAGGAUACACCAGACCCAUCAUUUACAGGAAAAAACAUAAAGAUGAUUUUGGGGGCUGCAUUUUCGGUAAUCUUCAAGCCUUGUCACUUUGCGGUGCCGUAAUCAAACCUCAAAUGCGACUAGGAAAGGACGCAUCCCCUGACUUUGGGCACAGCCACUGACUCAGAACUUUGCUAAUAUAAUAUUUGCCUAAAUAAGCUGCUGUAACACAAGCUAGCUAGGUAGCACAAGAGGACAAAUGUCCUCCCAUUGGAAAGUUACAUGGUGUUGUUUGUUUUAGAUCCUCCAAAAUGGCCGCCAAGGCAUUCAAAAGCACUCUUAUCUGCAUUUUGACUGUAACCUUUUAAUCGUCUGCUAUGCUGACCUUAACCGUCUCCACGCCCCCUUUCGUGUAAAUUAGACUGUAAACUAAUUGUCUGAAUGUAUCUCCGAGCUGGCUGGAUGCCAGCAUAUUUAAACGUUUUUUUGACAAAUGUUGAAUAAUAUUGGAGUUGUACCAAGCUAACUUAUGGUAUCUAUUUAUCGUCAGAGUUUUAAAUGUGUACAUUGUGUAAAUAGAAAGGAGUUUAAUGAAAACAUAUUGGAUUUACAUAGAGUUCUUUAAUUAGGUUGCAGCGAUGUUCUUGUGUAAAGACUUUGGCUACAGAUUUUUAAUAGGGGGGAUGCCGAGAUUUGGGCUUUUCGGUGGACUAUACCAUGUAUCGUACUGCUUUUCUCCCUCACAAUUUCUGUGAUAAUACGACAAAAAAAUGUUUCUUUAUUUUAUUAUAGAGAUCUCUGCCUUGUUGACACACUUUACCCAAUGGCAUAUGCAAUAGCGACAUGAAUAAAAUCUAGUUUACAACUCUGGAACCAAAUGUAACGUUGCUUUUUUGUUGUUGUUGUUGACUAGGAGCCGAUUUGCUCCUUGUAUAUUUCUCUUUCUGCCAAGUGUUUUGGUUUUUCAUUGCUGGGAAUUUUGUUAGUCUAAAAACGUUCCCAUCUCUGUGUCUAGGAAUGGAUUGUUCUUUACUUAUUGGUCUUGGAUUGACUCAGUUUGAAUGUUUUGUCUUCCAUUGUACAUAAUUCAAUAUACUGUUUAUUGUGAUGCUCACAAGAGAUAAUUUAAUGAUUUAUAAAUUCUGGUAGUCAAGUAUUGCUUUUUGUCUGUGUUAAUAAUGAAUAGCAACCAACAGAAAUAAAAGAAUUUAUUUAAAGAGUUCAAA